GGCUUUGGUGAAUGGAGAGUCACUCUAGUGUGUGUUCGAGGUUGCAUGCAUGAAUAUCCACAAUGGUCACGAUGAAGGAAGCCGAGUCUAAGUUUCAGGCCUACAAAGCUGAACUCAAAGAAAUAGAGGAUCAACUGCAUCGCUUCGGUGCGACUGCCAGACGGCUACAAAGAAAGCGACAGCAACGGUUAGAGGAGGAUGAAGAAGACGAUACACCUGCUAUACAGAGCGUGAUAAUCCGCAAGACUAAGAGCGCUCGUGUCGACCCUGGUGACGAGCAGAUGCAUGAAUCGCCAGAUAAAAAUUUCAUUGGUUCUAAUGGCAGUACAGACGACACGGAUGUGAAGGCAGACAGCAAACACAAUAGCAAGCGCGAAGAUACACACAAGGGCAGGAGUAGUGGAGACCACAGACGGGAAGUUGAGAGAAAAGAGAGCAGGGGUGUACAUAGCAACAAGGAUUCUGAUACGCGGAGAAGGGCGUCAGCGCACGCAGAACACUUACCGGGAGAGGAUUCAAAGAAGGAUGUCGUUGAUCAGGAAGAUGUGGAAGAAGGGGAGCUGCUUGACAAUGUGCCCGAGAAGCCUAAAUCGAAAGGCCCCAUUCUCCCCAAGAAAGAAGAUAUGGCCAGCAUCUCACAAGCACGCGCCCAGAGGAUAAGCCAAGGGGAGGCUGUGCUAGAUAAGACGCGCAACCGCAGGUUAUUCGGGGCGCUGAUGGGUAAUAUGGGGGGCGGUAGUAGGAACAGGGUGGUGGUGGGUGGCCGACGGGUCAGCAAGCAGAAGGACGAGGAAUUAAUUAAGAAGCGCCAGGAAAUCGAGAAGCGCAUCACCGAGAAGACAAGUCAGCAGUCCAAGAUCGAGGAGGAGGAGAUAUUGAACUUACUACAGCAGAAGGAUGAAACCGCUCAAAAACUGGUCAAUCUUUCUGAAGAAGUGGAAGCAAGUCGAGUGCAACAAAUGAAAUUUCAGCAUUUCACCGAUUUGGGCAGUUGUGAGUUCAUACGGGUGAAGUCAACCCCGCACAUAUUCUACAAGCCCGCAAAGCAUACCAAAACUACACUCAAGCUGUUAGAGCGCAGUAGGAAAGCAAUACUAGCAGAAAGGCCGGAAGACAUUAGAGACGCUACGAUAAUCAUUAGUGACGACAGGGGAGAGGGCGAAGACGAUAAGAUGGUCACGGACGACCACUGUAUCAAGGUGGAAAGGCAGCACAGUCCAGCUGGUGAGGAGCCAAGCGAAAAUAAGAACAGAGACAGACACGAAGAAAACGAAGUAGUGGAUUUCAAGAUGGAGGAAGGUACAGAUAUGGCAGCAGAUGAAUAGCCAUAAGGUGUACAUUUGCGAGUCACGAUAUGCGAUAUAAUUCCAGAAACCCUGACGACGACAGCUGCGUUGCCUGCGUAAAUAAUUUGCCUAUGCAUGACCAGCAGGUUUAAUAAAUACGUUUCAGAUACUACGAAACGGGCUAAAUAACCAUCUUUGCGGUUCGCAUAUACUGUAGCAUUCAAACCAGAGAUCAGAUCCGGC